AUGUCGAGAGCACCGCAAGCACGCAGAACGUCAGGUGCCAGGAAGAGUGAUGAAAGGGGAGCGUCACAAGGCGCUCGCUCUAUCGCCUCCGGAACAACAGGUCAGCAAGCCGGAAGUCAACCGUCAAGCGAACUGCGCGUACGGAGCAGACGUCCGGGCGGAAGAGACCCCUCACCCCGAGCCCCCGCCUCGGCUGCAGCUCAAGCAGCAAUUCAGUCCCAAUCUGCAGCAACAGCUCAGCCUCAGAUACAACCUUUGGCUCAUCAAUUUGCAACUGUCGCCCAUCCUCGCCCUCAAUCUUUGGCCCCAAAUCAGCCUCAGUAUCCAGCCACUGCCCAACCUCAGCCACAACCUUCGGUUUCAGGUCGGCCUCAGUCUCCUGCUGCUGCUCGGCUUCAGCCCCAGCCUUUGACACCAGGUCAGCCUCAACUUCCAGCUACUGCUCAACCCCAGCCACACCCAAGACAGUCUCAGCGUGAAGAUGUGGCUCAGUCCCAAGUCCACGACUUAUCCUCAGGUCAGCCUCAAAUUGCGGGUGCAGCUGAAUCUCAGCAGCAGUCUGAGGCUCCGGAACAACAGCUGGUGGAUGCUUUGUUCGAACAACUGACCACAGCUCUGAAUAUGCUUGAAACUUGCAUAGAAUGCUUAGAAUCAGCUGCACAACGAUCUGAAUUUACUCCACAGCGAUCCCAAGCUGCAACACAGACUGAACCUCAGCUUCAACCAGCGGCUCAGCAUCGGCCCCAAGCAGCACCAGUCAAAGCGGACUCUCAGCCUCGAAUUCAGGCAACCCGUACGCCACCGUCCACCAGCAGAAUCCCAGUUUCUUCUGGAGUUCGCGCCAGUCCAAGAACUGCUACUUCUGGGACACCUCGACUUUCGUCCUGUUUAAGCCCGCCGAGCGCGGGCAAAGCGACCGGGAGCAGCGCUGGACCUCAGGCCGCAGCAGGAGCAGCAACCGCUGCCCGAUCCAGUCAGAGGUCCAGUGCAGACAGUGGGUUCAGUGCGAGAAGCCGCACCUCGGAGAUCACUUCGCCUGCGGAUAGAAUCAGUCGUGUCUCCCAGAGUGACGCACCUCAAGAACUCCCGAUUAUAUGCGAGCGACUUCCGCCUGCAGCAGCAGGAGCAGACGUCCGACGACCUCAGGCGACUUAUCUGCAUCCCGAGGAAUGGCGAAAGAGAGUGGAUGCCCGUGUAGAGCUCAUUGGUACUGUAGCCGAGGUUGCGGCUGAGGAGGGACUACUGGUACCGGACGUGGCCGAGGCGACGGCUCAUCAAGCGAAACAACGGCUCACAGCGGUGUCCGACACAGCGGGACACGUAGCAACGCCCAGUGCAUUCAGACCGCCGCCGCCGAAGCCCCCUCGUCGCCCCGAAUUCAUUUCAGUAUCGUUCGAGUCCGAGUCCGAAGGUCAGUCCCUGGCAAGCUCCAACGUCAGCGGUGCCAGCGCAAGAGCCACGGCAUCGAAAAGUCCAGCCACACUUCGGCCGCCAGUGCUUAUUCCGCCGCCAAAGCCUCCUCGUCGUCCGGAACAAGUGGCAAUAACGAUCCGGUCCGACACGUCCGCCGAAUCUUCCGUGCAGUCUACCACAUACUCAACAGCAGUCCCUUCGCCUACACCUGAAGCAUUAGCAACUCUGGAACAGCAAGAGUGUCGGGAACAAGCAGCGCGAAAGGACCGCCGUGCAUUGGAGCGACCGCGAGAUCCGCUUGCUAGUACUUUAUCAGAAGUGCAUGCGAUAGAAGCUCGUGCGAAACAGCAUGAAGCAUCGGCAUCAGUAGUAUUGCCUGAGGUCGCAAGGGAACCGCAACAAUAUGAUCCAGAAAUGAUAUCAGCGAAUACAGAGAUUAGAAGACUAGCGCACACGAGCUUGACUGAGAAUUUGGGCCCCGAUUACUUGGCGAACUGUACGAUCGUGCUGGCAAGGUUCGAGAGCGUUUGGCUGCUAUUUUCCCAGUGCCUCAGCUAG